AUGUCUCAGUGUGUGCUGAGUGUCAGGAGCCUGCUGGAGAAACUGCUUUUACUUCUAGUGCUAAUAAAGCCACCUGCUCAUGGAGCCUCUUUCUAUGGGGAUGGAUUUGUGCAGCUGAAAACAGUGGGGUCGUCCAGUAAAAACUCCCUGCAUGUGAGAUUUAGGACCUCCAGCGCAGACGGGCUGCUCUUCCUGGCUGCCGGGGAAACAGAUUUCCUCUGGGUGGCGCUACAGGCAGGACGUAUUCAGGUCCAGAUUGAACUCGGCUCAGGCGAACGCACCCUUCGCUCAGAGGAAGCAGCUCACCUGAACGACCUUACCUGGCACUCCGUUGAGCUCCAGCACAAUGACCACAACAUCACCCUGACUGUAGACAGAACUGUACAGAGCAGACUGAGCAUCCCCGGGCCCGACCUGGAGCUCAGCGUUCAGGACGGAUUUUAUGUCGGCGGACUUGAGAAUUCGGAUAAGCUCUAUCUUUUCACUGAUAUAUCUCACGUGGGCUUUCGUGGCUGCCUGGAUGAAGUGCUGUUUAAUGAACACAAUCUGCUUUCAUCCUUAAGGCCUUACUCUGGAUAUAAAAUUGUCCAUGAGGUGUCUUUGGGCUGCAGCCCACAGUUUUCAGCCUCUGUGAAUGACUCGAUCAGUUUCUUCAGUUCCAAAGCAUACAUAUCUCUGCCGAAGUGGGAGAUCUCACAGGAAGGUGUGUUUGAGUGUGAGUUCUAUACCUCAGGUGAAGCUGGGCUUCUCUUGUACAGCUCUGUGGGGAAAGGGGAUUACGUGGCUUUGGAGAUUCGACACAAGCGCCUCAUUGCUGUUGUUAGAGUAGAUGGGAGUAAGACAGUUUUAAGCUCUAUAACAGCUGUCGGUGGAGACGCUUGGCAUUCACUGAGGCUCUGUGUAGCACCUAGGGCUCUUCAGUUAACCAUUGGUGAAGAGAUCUUGAAUUCCAGUUUCGGAGCCAAAUCUGGAGCUCUCCAUUUUAACAGGCCCCUCUUCCUGGGUGGGGUGGAUGCAAAGACAUUUUCAGAAGUGCAGAGAAAUGGUUUGCUCUCUGUCACGUCGAAGCACAUGAGUGGUGCCUCCUUUAAAGGCUGUCUUAGAAAUAUUAGAGUCAAUGAUCGAAACAUGGGCCUGCUCAACGCUAUUGUGUCCAAAGACAUUUCUGUUGGAUGUGAGCCUGUAAAACAUGUCCAACCCAUCUCCACAGCCAAUCCACAGACUUUUCAACUGGAGACUCCUCAUUUAGACAAGACAAACGCUCAGACCUUCUUGCUUCUUAAAGAUCUGGAGGUUCUUGAAGGUGGCCGAGCACCACUUGAUUCAGAGCACAUUAAAUUGAACCUGGAAUUCCACAAGCUUGGGAUCCAGCAAUCCCAGAUCAUGUUCCGCGUUGAGGAGCAGCCGGUCCAUGGAGAGCUGAGACUUGAUGUUGAUCCUGAUCAACAGGAUAAUACUUUCAACGUUCUGGAUUUACAUCAUGGUCGGGUCAUGUAUGUUCACGGGGGAUCAGAGGAUUCUCAGGACUUCUUCAUGUUUUCAGUUUUCACCACCAGCACCAAUAAAGAUGUUCCUGGUUAUUUGAAAGCAAGCCACUUGCACAGGUUUAACAUCACGGUAGAGCCUAUUAAUGAUGCCCCAGAGCUCAGCCUCCCGGAGGGAAGUAUUUUUAUUCUCCUAGAGAACUCAAAACGACAUCUGAGCACAGACAUGUUGAGAGCUACUGACCCCGAUAGUAGUUACACAGAACUGGUAUUCUCUAUACUCGGUAACUUAAUUGCAAGCGCUGGAUUCCUGGAACUUGCUGAUAAUCCAGGAAAACCCAUGACCUCGUUCUCCUACUCGCACUUGGAACAGGGUAAGGUGAGUUUCGUCCACAAUGGCAUUAAGAACUCUAGGAUGGCCAUAAGAGUGAGCGAUGGAGAAAAAGUGAGUAAUACGGUUGUGCUGAGAAUUAUCGCCAUCGCCUUGGAGUAUAAAAUUAUAAAUAACACCGGUGUGGACGUGAUCCAGGGUCGAGCUUCUCUCAUUGGUAGCAAAAAUUUAGCUGUGCAAGUAAACGUAGCCAAGCAAGCGAUCGAUAUCCGGUACGAUGUUCUAAGCCCGCCUGUCUACGGUCAGCUGCAACGACUACAUUCCAGUGGUGAGUGGAAGCAUACUAGUACCUUUACGCAGAAACUUCUAGAAAAGGAUCGACUCAGGUAUCUUAGCACCUUCCAUGGUCCACAAUUUAAAAAUAUAUCCGAUGGCUUCAAAUGCAACAUCAGCAUUGGCUCUUGGGCUUCAGAUGAAGUUCUCGUUCAUAUAAGGGUCCAGUGGGUUCAUUAUAAAGUCACAAGAAGUAAAAUGGAGGUGAACGAUGAUCAUAAAGUCACAUUGACACCUCGGGAUUUAAGAAUAGUCUCCAAAAAUGUGAAAUUGUCUGAGAAUGAUAUUUACAUCCGUUUGUUGACUUUACCAAGGAAAGGCGUCUUGUUAUUCAAUGACAAGCCCCUAAAAAAGAACUCUACUUUCAGCCAAAUGAACAUCACUGAUCAAAAAGUGCAGUAUAAACUUUAUGGAAACCCAAACAAAGACUUGAGGGACACAUUCAGCUUUCAGGUGUUUUCGGAAUACUCCUAUUCUGGGACGCAUGACUUCAGGAUCAGUAUCAAAGCCGCUGUUCACGGCGUAGUUUUGAGAAAUCACGGCCUUGCCCUCAUGGAAGGGGAGAGUAAGAUCAUCACCAAGGACAGUCUUUUCUUUGAGACGUUUGACUCCAGGGCCGUAAGUUACACCAUCAGGAGCAGCCCUCAACACGGGAAAAUAAUCCGAAGUGACAACUCCAGCAUCAACAUCAAGGAGUUUACAAAUCAGGACAUUCUAGAGGAGCGCAUCUUGUAUGUUCAUGAUGAUAGUGAAACAGCACGCGAUGCGUUCAUGUUCUGCGUUUCGGCGUCAUCUCUGAAAGACUAUCAUGGCGUUUUUAACAUCUCUAUCGAGCUAGUGAAUGACCAAAAACCUGUUCGAGUUGUAGAUAAAGUCUUUCACGUUGCACGGGACAGUCAGAGGCUCCUGACGUUGGAGGAUCUGUGUUACCAUGACCCUGAUUCAGACUACGAUGACAGGCAGCUGCUUUACACCAGACGAGGAAUCUCACUGGGCGAUCUCGUCUUGGUAAAUGAUACCACGCACAAGCUUUAUCAGUUCCAUCAAAAAGAUCUGGAGGAAAAGAAAGUGCUGUUUGUCCACAGAGGUGUCAGCUUUGGGCGCUUUGUCCUUUUUGUGUUUGACGGUAAGCAUUAUGCAUCCGCGCUGCUGGAAGUAAGCGCACAGGAUCCCUAUUUAAAGAUAGCAAACAACACUGGUCUACUGGUGCAAAAGGGACAGGAAGUCAUUUUACAAUCAGUCAACUUCAGCGUCGCUACCAACACUGAUGUCAGAAGUGACGAGGAUAUACUUUUUGAGAUAUUUCAUCCUCCGAGUCAUGGCAUUCUACUUUGCGAAGGCAUCGAGGCUGAUGCUUUUACUCAGUAUGACUUGAAGGCGGGUCAUGUCGUCUAUCGCCAUGACGAUGGUAGAAACCUCAUGGACUCCUUUAGCCUUACGGCUACGGUAAACGGGCUACGCAUGGACGUGACCGUGGUGGUGAAGGUGUAUCUCAAGAGCCAUCAGAAACCUCCACAAGUCAUCCACAACCACAACGUAGUGGUGGAGGAAGGAAAAUCUGUUACGAUGCACAAAACUGAACUUGAGGUAGUUCAUGAGGAUAACACACCAGACGAGAUCGUGUACACCGUGAAAACACCACCGUCACACGGCUUCCUGAGGCGUUCUCACGUAUCCGGGGAGAACCGUUACGAUGGAAACGUUAGGAAGUUCUCGCAGUGGGACGUUAAUGCUGGUCACAUCCGGUACGUCCAGGAGAAACCCGGACACACCGGCGACUCUUUCUCACUGGACGUCACUAACGGGAUUGUAACAGUCUGUGACCUGGUGGUGUUUGUGGACAUCAUUCCUUUUUUCCUUCCACUCGAGGUGGAAAAUUUAACCAUGGAAGAGGGAACUUCAAGAGCUCUAACUCGAGAAGUCAUCAAGGUCACGGGUCAACAUUUUACAAAACUUCAUGUCCUGUACCAUGUGAUCGAAGGUCCAUAUCAUGGCCGUAUCGAGCACUUCUGGAUCCCCGGGGUCCCGAUCCUGUCUUUCACCAGGGUGCAGGUUGAACACGACUUCAUAUUUUAUGUCCACGAUGGCAGCGAGACGACAGCUGACAAUUUCACACUGGUUGCGAAUGUCACAGACGUCCAUAAGCAGAGCGUGCCUCGGGUUAUUCAUGUGAACGUCACACCUGUGAACGACGAGUCUCCGGUUAUAACCAACAACAAGAUCCUGAUGGUAUGGGUGAACUCUGUGACUGAAAUCACUAGCGAUGAGCUCAGUGCUGCCGACCGUGACUCUGGCCCUGACAGCCUGGAGUUUAUCAUUACUCCCCCCAGCAACGGACACCUUGCCCUGAAGAGCGCCCCCUCCAGACCGGUCCUGAACUUCACCCAGGCUCACAUCCUCAACCGUCAGCUAGUGUUUGUACACAGCGGUGCCAUGCUGGGUGGAUUUCAUUUCCAAGUGAAUGACGGACUUAAUUUUGCCCCCAGGCAAAUUUUUAAUAUCACUGCCCAAUCUCGGGCGCUCAGCCUGGAGAGAAACCGUGAGCUCAAAGUGUUUCCAGGUUCCUCAAAAGUCAUUUCCAUGGAAAAUUUGUUUAUUGCCACUGAUGACUAUGAAGAUUUUCGUGAGAAUCAUACCAUCAUCUACACCGUUACCUCUCCCCCAAAACUGGGCCGGCUGAUCAGAUCCCGAGAUGGCAAUUCCACUGAGACAAAGCCAAUAUCUACGUUUACUCAAAACAUGUUAAAGUCCGGUUUGGUCGUAUAUGAACACACUAAGCCAAUAGCGUGGACAGCAAGAGACUCCUUCAUCUUUACAGCAUCUUCUCCUUCAGUUUCCCCCCCACCUUACACUUUUAAUAUCCACAUCUCCUACGAUAACACAAGUCCAGGGCACUGGAGCGUCUUAUUCGCCAACACAGGUGCAGUGGUACUUCAAGGCAGUCGGAUUAUGAUUGACAAGUUGAAGCUGGAUGCCUCAAAUCUUUUGGGAAAGCUACUUGAAGAAGAGCGAGACUCCUAUGAUAUCUGGUACAGAGUCACCACACCGCCACAAUUCGGGAUAAUUGUCAUAGAUGAACGCAACCUGACCCAUGAGAAACCCAACUUCUCGCAGUCCAUCCUGAACAAUCAUGGCAUAAUGUAUGUGCACGAUGGCUCCGAGAGCACCUUUGACAGUUUUUGCUUUGAUGUGUGGUUAAAUUUUAUAGGAAAACCCCCUCAGGUUCCUCAUGAAAAAGACUUUAUAGUCUCAGAGUCUUUUAAUAUCACUGUAAUGCCCGUAAAUGCUGUGCCUCCCUUACUGAAAACUAAAGCCCCCAGUCUCUUGGUGGUAAAAGGAGACACUGUAGUCUUAAGUCCUGAAAACCUUGAUAUAAAAGAACUGGACAGUUUACCCGAGGACAUCCACUACACUGUAGUUAGCAAGCCUGACAAUGGUUUCCUGGCCCUGGAAGGUUGGCUAAAUGAAUCUACUCCUACGUUUACCCAGGCUGAUGUGAACGAGGGAAGGGUGCACUUUGUUCAAGAAGGAGAUCCCACCUCAGGAGUGUUCUACUUCAGUGUAACUGAUGGCUUCCAUCGUCCACACUACAAGCUCUUAAAUCUUGAAGUUUGUGGUGUCCAAAUUCAUGUUUUGAAUAAUACUGGAUUGACUCUAGUACAAGGGCAGACUACAGGCAUCCUGACACUUCAGCACUUGGCUGCGGUGACCAACAAGAAAAACACAACCAUAAAGUAUUACAUCACAACACCACCAAGUCACGGCAGGCUCGUCAUUAAGGAAGACCAGAUCACACACUUCGACCAGGAAGAACUUUCAUCGAGGAAGGUUUCGUAUCAAAUGACGGACUUGUCCUCAUCUCUAGAUAGCUUUGAGUUCGCUGUUGUCACCGCCGAGAGCAACCUCACCAAUCAAGUUUUCAAUAUCACAGUAAAGCCACUGAUCCACCUUGGAAAACAAGUCUGGAUUCCUGAUGGUAUUCCAGUUAAGAUAAGGAAGGAUGUUUUAAAUGCCAGUGAGCUGGCAACCAUCAGCGCCAGCGAUCCGAUCUUUGAAAUCAUUGUUCCUCCAAAAUAUGGCAAGGUAGUAAAUGUAACAGUGAACUUAGAUGGUGCAUCAGAGUCUAUAGAAUCCUUUACCUUUAGGGAUGUUGAGCAAGGCAGAAUUGCUGUUCACGAGAACCUUAACUUGCCAUCUGCACAUCAUAACACAACUACUUCUGUUCUGCAUAACAAAACUGCAUUUAAAGAUUCGUUUGUGUUUCUUUUAAAAGCUGCCAACGUUCAGCCCGCCAGUGGAGAGUUUGUUUUUAUGGUUGUACCGUAUGAGCCAAUGACAGGAAAACAUGUUGUUUCAGCAGCACCAGUGCAUCCAACCAUACAUCCUGCUUCUAAUAGAACAAGCAAUGUUGUUUUACACAUGAACGAACCGGCACACAUGCACCCCACCAUAAGACCACUCUGGGCACCAAAGACCAGGACACGAAACCGUGUCCACACACGAGGAAAAUUCACAGUUUUUAAUGCACCCAAGAACACAGCAGGCAGACACAAAGAUCUUCCCAGGAACACUCCAAUUAGGGUGGAAUCUUUGCCAAGACCUGCCUCUGAUCCUCUUCUUAUUAUUCUACCCUUGCUGGCCUGUCUGUUUCUUAUCGUCAUCCUAGUUGUUUUAAUCCUGGUUUUCAGGCAUAGGCAAGAGAAAAGGGCUCAGCCUUCCAUGAUACAAGACCCUCCAGAGAACUAUGUGGAGGACAUGGUGUCUCCAAGCCAUUAUUUGGGACAGUCUGAGAGAAGUCUAACCAUUCCAUCAGUUGUUGUGACCCCACUGAUGCCAAGGUGUACUAGAAGUCCUGUUUUAGAGGCAGAGCACAAUGAGACUUUUGUACCAGCAAUAACACUUCCUGACUCUCCAAUGCUUGUCUCUCCAUGGAGUACCAUGGAUCCUGAAGCAACACCACAGUCUUCUCCAACUUUGAGACAAAAUCAGUACUGGGUUUAAAACGAAAUGGUUCUUUGGCCAUGAAACCAUCUGCAUCUGGCACAACAGAUGAAAUGCCAGUCCACCUAGUGGCAAUUUCAACAUAGCCAGUCCAGUAAACAUGUUUUGCAGAGGUUGGAGCCAUCCUUUGGAGAAAACAUGUAAACCUCUUUGAAAAAAAAGUCUUUGGACUUUUGUUGACCUCUGCAGUUUUCUUCUGGUACACCAACUAGGAUUCAAAAUUGGUACUUGGUUCGAUACAAUACCUUUAACCCCACACUACUCAUCAUUAGUAUCCACUUAAUCAUGGCUGAAGUGGACUUCUACAGUGGUGCAAUGCAGGAAUACACCCUGAAGGCUUAUCCAGCUAAAGGCAAGUGUAGACAAACCACUUACCACCAUGUUUUGGAGAUGUGUAAGGAAACUAGGGUACCUGGAAGAGGAAGCAAAUGUGAAGGCAGUUAAAGUACAUCUACAAUUUGCACUGGUGUCAAAUACUCCUAACUUCCCUCUUGUGUGAAAGUAUUAUCGAAUCAAUAGGGUUGCUAGUAUCUAGCUUUUUUAAGACCUAUGUCUGUUCUUGUUUACUGAAUAUCGUGCAAUAGUUUUGUUGUUAUACCCAAAGUAUUUGAGCUAAGUGAGUGUGUUUAACCUUUAUGCUGCUACAUUUUAUUGUGACUGAGUGGAUGGUUAGGAUGGUAUUACUGUUUAAUGUUUUGGAGACAUACUUUGGAAGAGGAUAUUAACAGAAAGAGGAUGUUACAUAUUUCGUAUUUUGUUACUGUGACUAAUAUAUAUUUUAUGUUUGAUAAAUAUAGUA